CGUAACUGCGAAAUUAGCGUGGGCACUAGCGUCUCGUGGGCAUGACGCACGCCCUCUGCGUCUCAGCACCAACUACAAACAUCAGUCAGUGUGAUUAGGGAGAAAGAUACACACUUGGCACGUCUGCUGCAAACCACAGUGAUAUUCUCUUCUUUGUACAGACCUUUAGGCAUUCAGGUUUAGACAACUCUCCAUCCAAGGAUUCCGCAUCUGUCCACUUUGACUGUGUCUCACUGCUUACACAAACUCACUCAUGACUUACAAGAAGAACAACAUCCAUGCCCAAACAAUAUACUACAGCAAACUCAAGACCUGCUUAAUAUAUGCUUUACCCACCCUGUUGUAAAUUCAACCUGGACCUCGUCAACCGACACAGUCUACUACCAUAACCAUGUCAUCACCAACACCACUUCCUACCAGAGUCCGGUUCCUCGCCGAUAUUGGCAGCUCCUAUAUCGAUUUGAACGGGACUUGCGAUAUCUGUCACGGGGCCUUUGAUAGAGGACAUCACAUAGCAGUACGCACAAAAUGCCAACACAUCUUCGGCCUAUCCUGUCUCACUCGAUGGACCUACACUAAUGGAGAGCAAUUAAACACCUGCCCCAAUUGUCGUAGAGCUCUCUUCAUAAAACCUCCAGAUUUUCCCGUCUUCGCGGCGGGAUAUUAUUCAGACAGCUCGUACUAUUACUCACUAGACAUGUGUACGAACCCAGUCUCAUCGCGAACCAUCGUCAUCCACAUCUGGCAUCAGAUGCGUCAGGUAAAUCCCCAAUUUAUAAUCUAUAAUGGCAACAUCGAGGCUCAAAUACACAGAGCCGGACAAUAUUUUGCAGAUAAUUUCGGACUCAUUUUCCGCAUCGAUUCUACUCAUCUAGUCAACCUGAGAGAAGUCGCCAAAGAUAUGAUUAGAGAGCAGGCUGAAACACAAGAUGUUUUCGAAGAUGCGAGCAUUGGUGGCAUGCCAUGUAGGUGGGUUAGAAACCUCGAGGGUGUAUGGCUGCCGCGUGUGGCUGAGGUUUUUGGCUGGCAACUGGAGGAGGUUCGGAUACAUCAACAGUAUACAUUGCGGCUUUCUGAUUCUGUAUGGAAGUUCGCGAUGUAGUGUGGGCUAUCAUUUUUUUUUUCCCUGAAUGAGCUUAGCCCUUGACUGGUUCUUACUUUAGUGGAAGAUUACAAACAUGGUGGCAAUAUUGGUCUGUCAGGUCCGUGAGGAUUG